CAAGAAGCGAGCGAAGGUGGCAAGUGAAGGCGUCGCGCUGCGAUCGAUUGCUUCUGUCUGAUCUGCGAUCUAAAGAUGGAUUCCUGCCGCACUAGCAUAUAAAGUGAAAAAGAGAGGAAAUCCUUGCAAGUGAUCCGAUAUGCAUUUGUGAGCCACCUGCAGCACGUUUGCUUCUUGUGAUCGAGUUGCAGUAGUGUCAACCAACAUCAGCCUCCUCCACCAAUCUCCUCCCGCAGCCCUGUUUUGGCCGAGGCUUGCUGAGCUGCAGCAUGACCACAGCAGCGACGGCUCAUUUGGAUCUUCUGGCAAAUGAAAAUGGAGGAGGUUUCAAUGUCCAGCCUGGACAACAGCAAGCUGGAGGGCCUAGCGCAGGAUAUCCUGUCUGACCUGGUGGAGGACGCCUGCCUGGGCCUUUGCUUCGAGGUGCACCGGGCUGUCAAGCAGGGGUAUUUCUUCCUGGAAGACACGGACCAAGAAAGCAUGCGGGACUUUGAAAUCGUGGACCAGCCGGGCUUGGAUGUGUUCGGCCAGGUGUACAACCAGUGGAAAAACAAAGAGUGCGUUUGUCCCAACUGCAACCGAAGCAUCGCCGCGUCGCGCUUCGCCCCGCACCUGGAGAAGUGCCUCGGCAUGGGACGCAACAGCAGCCGCAUAGCCAACCGCAGAAUAGUCACAGGUAACAACACCAACAACAAGUCCGAGAGCGACCAAGAAGACAACGACGACGUCAACGAUAACGACUGGUCUUACGGGGCGGAAAAGAAAGCCAAGAAAAGAAAAGCUGAGAAGAAUCCAAAUUCACCAAGACGAUCCAAAUCCUUCAAGCAUAAGAGCAGCAUGAUGGGUCCUCGACGUCGCCUGGACAACCAGGAAAGCCCACGCAUGUUGAUGAAAGAUGAGACCUUCCCUCAAUAACGACGCGUGCUAACAACCAGCAGUGCUUGAAUGUGGUGAAAGUAUUUCUUUUUUUUUUUUUCGCUGCCUCGUACGGUAAUGACUGCUCAGACCUCCCACUUAAUACUUGACACUUUUUUUAUUUUUCAAAUCAUCGUACAGACACUGGCUAUUUUUGUCCUCUGCUGGACAGUCUCUCACCGUAAUAAUGAACUAUUUGAGGUAUGAUUUUAACGCAUAUACGAUUCAAUGUGUUGUAGGAAAAAAAAGAGUGAAUUACGCACAGAGCGCUUAUGUAAUUCAGCUUUGUAUGUUCUUCCGGAAGAAAAUGACUAAGGGUCACAUUACGUUUCAGACAAUCACUAGAAAUGGGUUGUCUUCUGUUGUCACACCUCUGCGUGUGCAUGGAUGAGUUUGAACAAGAAACAAUUCGCUCGCCAACGAGUGAACAUUUAAUUGUACAAGCAAUUGCUGCAGAAGCAGGUGUCUUUUCUUUCUUUCUUUCUUUCUUUCUUUUUUUUGGGAGGAGGGAUGGACUUGUUAUUUAGGGUUCAAACGUGUCUAUCUUGUGUUUACAGUGUAAAAGGGUUGCACAAAUCCUCAGUGUGAUGUGAUCGUGUAAAUAUUCAGAUAGUUGAAUUGCUGCUAUAACGGCUCGGUUUCUUUCAUCUGUUUUAUCAUAAUAAAUUUGUUGGAUGUCU